AAAGAAGGGGCCGUUGAACCCACGGGAAGGUUCUGGAUAGGGGCGUGCAUUGCAAGUAAAAUUAUAUAAAUAAUUAAUUUUUUCGUUUUAUUUUGAGAACGUAUCUAUAAAUAAUAUAGAUACAAUCGGCUAGGCAAUCGAUCCUUCUAGACAAUCGUUUACGUUCAUCGUCUAUUCUCUCUCCCUCUCUUAACACACCCGCUGCAGAAAACUCUAUCCAAAAAUGGCAGGAAUCGUUCAGGACUGGGAGCCGGUGGUGCUUCGAAAGAAGGCUCCCACCUCCGCCGCGCGCAAGGAUGAGAAAGCUGUCAACGCUGCCCGCCGCGCCGGAGCCGAAAUCGAAACUGUCAGGAAAUCUACUGCGGGGACAAACAAGGCCGCCAAAAGCACUGUAACAUUGAACACGAGGAAGCUGGAUGAGGAGACUGAGAAUCUAGCUCAUGAGAAGGUUCCAAGCGAGUUGAAAAGGGCAAUAAUGCAGGGGCGAAUGCAGAAGAAACUAACGCAAGCUCAACUGGGUCAGAUGAUAAACGAGAAGCCUCAAGUAAUCCAAGAGUACGAGUCUGGCAAAGCAAUUCCCAACCAACAGAUCAUAGCUAAGCUGGAGAGAGCUCUUGGAGUUAAAUUGCGCGGCAAGAAGUAAAUUAUAGUAUAUGCCUUCCCUUUUGUGUGCUGUACAUGUCAUCUCGCUCUUUUCUGUAUCUCAUCUGCAAUUGUGGUGUUGCAUAAAUAGAAUGUUCAAACUGCCUUGUUGC